GGAAGAUUGUUGUUUGAGGAACCAUAGCCCGAGAGCUCAGAGAUGGGCGAAUCGGCACCACCACCCGGCCUCAAGUUGAUGGACUCUGAGGAGUUUCGGGAGCAUGCCCACCGAAUGGUGGAUUUUGUGGCCGACUACUAUCGCCACAUUGAGAAGUUUCCGGUCAGAAGCCAAGUUAGUCCAGGAUACUUGAAUGAUUUAAUCCCCGCAUUUGCACCUCAAGAUCCAGAGUCCUUCGAUGACAUUCUUGCUGAUGUGAGCAACAUCAUCAUUCCCGGCCUCACGCACUGGCAGAGCCCGAGCUUCUUCAGCUACUAUCCGGCAAACAGUAGCACCGCCGGCAUUCUAGCCGAGAUCCUCAUCUCCGGCUUCAAUACCGUCAACUUCAGCUGGAUCGCCUCACCCGCGGCCACGGAGCUGGAGAUUAUUGUCGUAAACUGGCUGGGAAAGCUUCUCGAGCUGCCAGACUCCUUCCUCUCGGGAUCAUCAGGCAAUGGCAAAGGCGGGGGCGUCAUCCAAGGCUCAGCGACCGAGGGAAUGCUUGUCACACUGUGUGCCGCCCGGAGUCGAGCCAUUUCGAAGCACACGGCAAAUGGGCUUGUAGAGGAAGACGUGGUGCGCAGACUCCGAGCGUACACGUCGGAUCAGACUCACAUGUGCUUGCACAAGGCCUGUAAGAUUGCAGGCAUCAAGCUGGUGGUGCUGCCCACAACCAAGGAAACAAACUACGCACUCUCGCCUGCUCUCCUGCGUGGAGCUAUUGAGGAAGGCGGGGAUGAUGUCAUACCACUGUAUCUGGGUGCCACGCUUGGUACCACGUCUUCCGCCGCUGUAGAUCCAUUGCUAGAGCUCGGUGAAAUUGCUCAGGAAUAUGAAAUGUGGUUUCACGUAGAUGCCGCAUACGGAGGCAGUGCGUGCAUAUGCCCCGAGUAUAGGCAUUUCUUGGAUGGCAUCGAGAAGGCUGAUUCACUCAAUGUUGGAACUCACAAAUGGCUCCUGACAAAUCUAGAUUGCUCCGUAUUAUGGGUCAAGAAUGCAAGGACCUUGACUUCAACGCUUUCGGUCCAGUCAGAAUAUCUUCGUAACAAGGCAUCUGAGGCGGGGGAAGUCGUGGAUUUCAAGGACUGGCAAGUAUCACUCGGAAAAAGAUUCAGAGCUCUGAAGUUGUGGCUUGUCAUGCGACUUUAUGGCUCCUCCAAACUUAAAAACUAUAUCAUACAUCAUACUUGCCUAGCUAGGCUUUUCGAGAGAAAAGUCACUGAAGACAAACGUUUCGAGAUUUUAGUGCCUUGCAGAUUUGGACUUGUUUGCUUCAGGCUCAAAGCAAUUGAGGCCAGUUCCGUAAAUGCUCUGAAUGAAAAUUUACUUCACGCAGUGAAUUCAAACGAAACAACAUUCAUCACACAUACAGUGCUCUCGGGAGAUUUUUUGUUGCGAAUGGCCGUUGGAGGUACUUUAACUGAGGCCAAGCAUGUUAUUAAGGCUUGGGAGACUAUCCAGAAAAAAGCCACACAACUUCUGAGCUCCAAAUAAUUAUUUCCAGUUGAUUCUAUUAUUGUUGUGUUAAACUCAUAAUAAUAAUAAUAAUAACAACAAAAACAACAACAAUUGUCAUUA